AUGAGUAAAAACAGAAAUAACAAAAAUGCGAUUAGUACAGAAAAUUAUAGCAGUAGUACUUUCACGUUAUCGUUUGUGAUUGAAGUGCUAAAUGUUGAGGAAACGGAGUGCAAAGAGGGCUGGUUUGACCUUGGGCCAUGCGUUCGGGAGAUGAGGAUGCACUAUCAAAUUUAUCCAAACCAAAGCUUCGAUAUUGAUAUUUCCAUAUGGCCAAAUAUUGCAAAGGUAUGGUGCGGCAAUCAACAAUGUUUUGUUCGGACGUGGCAGCACAUGGAGCGGCGCUGGUUGGCGUUCACAAUACGUCACGUUUUCCCCGUCAGAGUGGCUGACAUGAUUAAUAACGUGGCCACAAUCACUCCAGGCGUGGGAGUGGCUCAGAGUGCCAAUGCGAGAAACGAUAAAAAUACCGAAGCAUGUUUAGCGCCACUAAGGUUCCUGGAGUUGGCGUAUUUCGGACGUGUUUUAGGUAAAGUUGAAAGUUUAGAACAAUAUGUACGUGAUUUUAUUUGGGAGCGAAUUGAGCCAUACGUACCCUCAUCACACUGGGAUGGACCGUUCGAUACGCCCGUAUGUGUUACAGAUUUAAAACAUCAGAAUAAAAUUUUGGAAUUGAUCCGGGAGAUUGUUGGAAAAAAAGAGGCCGAUGAACAGUUUGAUGAGACUGAUACAUCCCGCGUUACUUUGAAGAGCGACACAAAGAAAUCAAGCGGUAGAAAAUCAAGAUCUGGUAAAUCGUCGAAAUUAACAUCAAAAUCGAAGAAGUCACUGGACUUACUGAAGCAAAAGUACGAGUUAAGACUCCCCGGAACUACAAUAUUGGCUGGCAUUGGACAGGUAGUACCGUUUGAUUCCAUUGGACCUAAAGGUUCUGAUAUGGGUGAAGUGCUUUGCGUCGUGAGCAGCAACAAUUUGCCUGCAAACGAAGAUAUGCCAAUCAUAUUCGUUGUCAUAAAGAAUCUAGUUGGUAUACCUUUGGAAGACCUACGUCUUUUAGGAAUAACACAAUUAUUUCUCACGUAUCGGAUAUGUGACGAAAUUUAUUGUACAGAAAAGAGAGAACUACAGAAAUUGAACUAUGUCGUUUUUAAUUAUUACAACGCUGUACCUUUACCUCCGGAAGUAGCUUCAAUGAUAACUUCGAAUUUCUUAGAUAAUCCCUUUGAAGUUGAGAUAUAUGGUGUUUCUACUCCCAAUUUGUUUGAGACUCUAGCAACAAUAAAGUCUGAAGAUAUACCUAUAGGUGUUACAAAGAUAGAUGCAAGCCAACUUGCGAAAGGUCCUAACUGUGCGAUAAAAGGGGAAUACUUCGUUAACCCAUUCGUGGAGAAAAUUGAAUAUAAACUAGAAUCAGAAGAAGAAAUUAAUCAGACUGAUAACAAAGUGCCACGUAUCGUUACACGUAUGCCCACUGUUCCCUCCUUUAUUGUGCUAAAAGCAAACAUGUCUUUGGAUGUCACGAUAGGAGUAGCUGGUUGUAGACCAAAACCAAAAACAGUUUAUUCGAGAUUGUACUGUCUCAUCAGUAACUCAGAUGUCAGCAAAUGUUUCACGAAAAGAGUAUCAGCAACGAAUGAAAACAUCGCCUUAACUGGUUCUAAGGAAGAGUCCUUAACUGGUUUUUCAGUGGAUGUCGGUGAUCAUGCUAUUGUCUACGUUGAAGGACCACAAAAAGGUCCUAUUGGUGAUAUUGUUAAAUUUUCCUUUAAUUUCCCCGAAAUGAAAGUACUGUUUUCAAUGGAAGAUAAGUACUCUACUAGGCUGUAUCCCGAAAUUUCGUCGAGUACACUUCCAUUCGUCUGUUUAACAAUGCGUUUUCCUAUUUAUGUACUUUUGAAAAAUUCUGAUGUGUACGUGAGGUCGGAUAUAUCGAUGCCUGCAAGGAAGGCUCUAUUGAAAAUAGGCUGCCUUGUAUCAUGUAACUUGAAGCUUGUACCCAACAAGAGCGAUAUGCCAACAUUUGAAGAAUUAGAGAGCUUCAAGCAUGAACUUUGUCACCUGCCAGGGAAAAUAAUGGAGGAGUGAUGAUUUGAAUGGUUAUUUAAAGGUCUAUUUAAUAACAAAGUA